AUGCCUAUCGGACACGUUCUCCUCCACGUCGCAAAGGCCAACUUUGCUCCCACUGUUGAGUUUUACACCACUGUCCUGAAGACUCUUGGACUCCAGAAGCUUCCUGGUUUCCCUGAGGGAAUGGUUGGAUUUGGAAUCAACGGACCCGAGUUCGUUCUUCUUGCUGGAGAAAAGACCUCCAACGCCCACGUUGCUUUCGCUGCUGCCGAUGUUAAUGCAGUUGAUGCCAUCCACACCGCGGCUCUCGCAAACGGUGCCAAGGACAAUGGAGCUCCCGGAAUCCGAGCUGGAAUUCACCCCAAGUACUACGCUACUUUCUUCCACGACCCCGUUGGCAACAACAUCGAGGCUGGCACUCUCACUGCUUGA